UAUCUCUAGUUUAUUUUGUCUUAUUAUUAUUAUUUUUUUCUUCGGUGUUGAAGACCUGUGAUCCUAGAAACUCAUCAGUUGAAAAAUUUCAAUUUGAAAACACAUUUGGUUUCUCUUUUUUAGUCAAUAUAAGAUCACGAGGAGAGAAUGCUACUGAAUAUCGUACCUCUGAGUAACACCGAUCUACCAGUAUUUAUUGCAGUAAUUGCUGUUGUUUUUAGCUGCAUUUAUUAUCUUCUAAGAAAUAAAGGAUUACCACCUGGGCCGAUUGGUAUUCCUUAUCUUGGAUACUGGCCAUAUCUAGAUCACGACACUGGUCACCUUCAAUUGCAAGAACUGGGGAAGAAGUAUGGCGAUAUGUAUACUCUUAGUGUUACAGGACAGCUGUACCUACAUUUAGGAUCUAUCAAAGCAGUUAAAGAAGUUCACGUUGCCAACUCUGAUUGUUUUGACAGUAGACUUGUAGACUAUAAUAUAAUUAGCGCUUACUUUAAAGAUGGCAUUGUUGGUAUCAAAGGUGAAGCUUGGAAAACCUUAAGAAAGUUCUUUCUUGGACAAUUCAGGGAGAGAGGAAUGAACGUGAUUAAGGAUUCAGGAUGCAUGUACGACAUCAUAAGAGAGACAAUUGGUGAUUUGAAGGAAACAAAGGGCAAACCGGUGGAUAUUGCCAACAUUGUUCUGACUAAAUGUAAUGCUAUAAUGCGUCAGACAUUAUUGGGAGGCGAUGGAAUGAGCGAGAAAGAGAUGCGAGAAUUUAAUGAAAAUUACUUUCAGGCUUUGGCAACAAUGACGGCUCCCACACUUCUUCUCAGUGGAAAUAUAGCUAAGUAUUUUAUUAUUCCUUUCACCAAAGGCUUCAGCGAGAGUAGAAAACAGCAUUUUUACAUGAGAGACACUUUGUACAAAGUUCUCAACAGAAGAAGGAAAACAUUUGAUGAGGCUAAUAUACGGGAUUGUUUUGAUGCUUUUUUGAAAGAAAAAAUGGACAGGAAAGCUAAAAGUGAUCCAACAGCAAAAUAUUUUACAGAUGAAGCUUUUGUGGUUUCUUUAAUUCAAAUUAUUGGAGACGGUGUGUAUUUUAUGGCAAUAUUUAUCGGAGCGUUUAUUCGGGUUCUGCUCGAACAUCCAGAAGAGCAAGAGAAGGUGUAUUCAGAAUUGCUUGAAGUAGUUGGUGAAAGCAGAGAGCCCGGAAUGGAGGAUAAAAGCAAACUAACCUACACAAAUGCUUUCAUUUCGGAAGUAAUGAGAACAACGGAUGUUUUUCCACUUCUCGUUGGAUUGAUCUGCAACAAGGAGACAUACGUGAAUGGUUAUAGAAUACCUAAGGGCACAACAACGAUUUAUAAUUUUUGGAUGGCACACAUGAAUCCUGAAGAUUAUGAAGAGCCACAGAAAUUUAAUCCAUCAAGGUUUAUAGUAAAAGAUGGAAAAAAGAAAGCUGAACUUUUACCCUUAUUUGGAAUAGGUAAGAGGUCUUGUAUGGGAGAAGGAUUUGCUAUGAUACAGGUUUUUCUUUUCUUGACAACGAUCAUUAAAAACUUUCGCUUAGAAAAGCCGUCUGCGGGAGAUGAGAGUCAAAGUGUGUUUUUCAACUUCGACAAACUGAAUGUAUGUGCCCAUUUCAGAAGCCACAAAUAA